UUCUUACGUGCAUAGCUUGUCUGUCAAGUGAGAAAACAAGACAUCUUGGCUUGGGUAUAAUUGUGCCAGUAUAUUCUUCAUUAGCUUUGGGUGAUAAAGCAUGUGGGUAGGUGCCAAAAGAAAGGUUUCUGUAGUUUAGUUUUGAUGGGGUGUUGAUUCUGGGAAUACCAGUCACACCAAGUGCUAAGCUGCCCCAUGCCGUUGCAUUUCGAGUGCCAUUGUCUGCCGGAAAUUUCCUGAAAACCCUACUUAUCCGAUUGUCCGGAGAGGAAUUCGGGUAGCCUUAAUCGACUUAGCGGAAAUUUGUGUGGAAGUCUGGUUAACACGGCAUAUAAUUUCCAUUUACUUCCAUUCAUCUGUUGGGCUUACUGGUGAUUAGCAUAGGAGAGCCCCUGAGAACAAUGCACGUGCGCUCGCAAAGGGACAUUAAGUCGUCCUUAAGCUAUCAAAAUCUGCCCACCUGAACUCAAAAUAAGAUUUUAAAAGAACUUAGGCAAACGCACACACUGCAAAAUGGAGGGGUAUUUGCCUGUAUUAAGUAGCUGUAUCGCGGCGGUGCAUUAGCGGAGUUCUGACGGGGCAUGUAAAGAUCCCCUGACCAAACGCUGAUCCUAUAGUGGCGCUUUGUUCGCUGCCUCGACCAUGCAGGACACCUGAUCCCACGCUUUUAGCUCCCGUAACGCCCAGACGUGCAGGCUGCAUUGUCUGCUGUCAGGGGCCAUCGCAGCACAUGAAUAAGGAAUUUUUCCUCCACAGGUUUCCUCAGAUUGUGCACUUCCAUCGAUAUGGCCACAGGAGAUGUCUCCUGACUACAGUUACCUGGUGACUCAGGGCCAAAGACACACAGAAAACACACGCUUGUUUCUGUGUUUUAGACCGGUUCUCUUCUGUUGACGAGGUAGCGUCUGUCAGGUAAAAACAGGGAAACAUGGCAUCCAUUGAGAGCAGCAGCCUGAAUUCUGGAACGGGAAUAGCAGCAGCAUACAAGGACAAGGUGAAGAUGAACCAGUUGCAGAACCUGCUCCAUGAUGCGCUCAUCUCCACCGAGCACGUCGAGCACUGCUGCAUCCUCCGCAGGAAGGAUGUGUCCCUCCGAGCUAGCUCUGUCGGAUUCACGCUGUACCAGGAUCAGAUCCAGAUGUUUGUGGACGCCUUCAAGAACCCGCCGCAGACGAGAGAGGAUGGUCUGUACUUCGAGGACAGGCACUACAAGUGUGUGAGGGCGGACAAGAAUGCUGUGUAUGCAAAAUGUGGGAAGCGAGGGCUGGUGAUAGUGCGGACCGGCAGCCUGCUGAUCGUGGGGACCUACAACGACAACAUGUACCCCAGUGUGUGUGUGGAGGCUGUGGAAAAACUAGCGGACUACUUUAAAGAGAAGGGGAAAUGAGUUUGGAGGAUGCAGCAAGAUUUAAAACAGAAGUGCUGUAACGAUUAUCUUACUCAUAAAGUUUGUAAAGCAUUGUGUUUACGGUGAUAUGAUGUAUUGAGCACUGACAAAAGUGAAGCAGCAGUUGUAUUUUUCAUGUGCCAAGUACGAAGGGAGGCACUGGUAAAAAUUU